AUGGCGUUGCAGCGAGUGUGGGUGCAGGGCGUUCUCAGAAGCCCAGAUGCUGCCUCCUCUGCUGCUGCCCCGGGUGGGGAGGUGCCUACUGGCGCAGGCAGUUCUGCUGCUGCGGAGGGGAGGUUGUAUCUGGACGACGGCAGUGCAGCGGUUGAGAUCGUUCCUGCUAAAGGGGGGUCUCCUCCGCUUGUCGGGUCGUAUGUUCAAGUCAUAGGUGCUCUCUGCACCCGCCCUGCCAGCCCACCGUUUAUCAAGGUGCACAAGCUGGUGGAUCUGUCUGCAGACCCCAACAGAGAGUCGCUGUGGCACUUGGAGGUGAUAGAAGCGCACGUCAGGUCGAGACCCAAGCCACACACGUGA